AUGCCGAAACGAGCACCCCCACACCCUCUGCCACCGGUGGGUGAGGAAGAAUGUAUAUUUGUAGCCCAUUUUUUUUUGUUGCUCUGUUAUAGUACGGAUUUAUUCAACAAGUGCGCCACUCUCAUGACGUUUUCCUCUCUCUCUCUCUCACUCUCUUUCUCUUUCUAUCUCCCUCCCUCUCCCUAUCGUUUUCACUCACUAGCUCUUGCCCUUUGUCCCCCUCACGCUCUUUCACUCUCUCUCUCACUCCUGCUUCUUUCUCUCUCACCCUCUCGCUCUCUCUCCCACUCCAUCUCUCUCUCUCUUUCUCUCUAUCACUCCCUCUCUAUCGUUCCCUCUCUCUUCCUCUCUCUUUGUCUCUCUCUUUCUCUCUAUCCUCCGUCUCUAUCGUUCCCUCUCUCUUCCUCUCUCUUUGUCUCUCUCUUUCUCUCUAUCACUCCCUCUCUAUCGUUCCCUCUCUCUUCCUCUCUCUUUGUCUCUCUCUUUCUCUCUAUCACUCCCUCUCUAUCGUUCCCUCUCUCUUCCUCUCUCUUUGUCUCUCUCUUUCUCUCUAUCACUCCCUCUCUAUCGUUCCCUCUCUCUUCCUCUCUCUUUGUCUCUCUCUUUCUCUCUAUCACUCCCUCUCUAUCGUUCCCUCUCUCUUCCUCUCUCUUUGUCUCUCUCUUUCUCUCUAUCACUCCCUCUCUAUCGUUCCCUCUCUCUUCCUCUCACUUCCCUCCUUUCUCUCUCGAUUGA